AUGUCUAUUGAUAUUUAUACUGGCCUUUAAGAAAUUAUAAUUUCUUUUGAAAAUCCUACAGACUACCUAGAAAUCAAAGUAUAUGAUGAGUUUUUAAUUUUAUUGAAUAAUAACUAGCUUAUUUUAAUAAAUACUCUCUCAAAAGAAAAAUUUAUCAAAAACUAUCCUAAGUAGAUUAUUAAUAGUGCUAAAUUCAUAAGAAAUGAUAAACUAAUAUAUUUAUAUGGAAAUUUCUUCCAAAUCCUAGAUACUCAGCUCAAUAUAGUUUAUGAUAUUUAAAUUGAUAAUCAGUAAUUAAAAGAUUUUGACUGUACAGAUUUUAAGUUUCAAAUUGUAUGCUUAAAUAGAUUUGUUUCUGGUUUUAAAGAGUUUUUAGUAUAUUAUAGAACUUAAAAUAUCUCUGAAAUAAAAUAAAUUGAUAUUGCUUAAUAAAUUCAAUAUAUUUUUGAUGAAAUAUAUGAAAAUAUUUAUAUCUAUCAGAAUGAUAAGAACACACCAAAUUAAGUUAAAAUAUUCAGCUCUAUUGGAGUUUUGAAAUAGGUAAUUCAAAAAAAAGUAAGUUUAAUUUUAAUUGACAGGGCCAAUUUAACCUUCAAUUAAGUUUUGACUGGAGAAGAUAAUAUUGUUAAAAUAAAGAAGUUUAUUUUUGUUAGUCACUUAAAUUAUUUACUCUUGUAAUAUGAUGACGAUCUCUCCAAAAUUUCGAUAUAUGAUAUUUCUGCAGAAAAAAUUAUUUAUUAAAUUCAAGUGAACUAAAAUUAAUAAAAUAAUAAUAACAUUACUUACUUAUAGUUUGAUGAAAGUUAAAGUAGAUAUGUAAUGCUUAUUGAUAGUCAAGGAACAUUUUAUCUGUCUUCAAUAGAUAUUAAUUAACCUUUUCAAAACUUUGUUAAUGUAUGUUACAGUUGUGAUUUCACCUUAUUUGAAUUUAUUAGCUAUGAUAGUUUAUCUAACGAUGUUUAUAUAAGAUAUAGUGAUUCUAUAUACUAACUAGAUUAUAGCUCCUUAGGUUUAGAACGUGAGCCCUCUCUAAAUGAGCCAUACAGUUUGUUUACGUAAAUACAGAUUAAUAAAUUAUAGACUGAUUAUUUCGUUUUGGCUGAAGAUAGCAUAGUUUUUAGAUAUUCAUAAAAUAAAUUAAAAUCUGAGUUAUCUAUUAUUAAAUCAAAGGUCUUAGAUAUAAAAUACAAUUAAAGUAAUGAUGUAUUUAUAUUAGCUUUGGAAGAAUCUCUUUUUUUCUAUCAAUAGUAUUAAUCAAGAAUAAAUAAUAACUUAAAUUCUGUUAUUUAAUCACUAGAAAUGAUCAAUUUUUAGUAGUUUAUAAUUGAUAGUGUUGUAAUUACUUUAGAUCAAAAGAUUUUGCAUUUAGAUAUAUUAACAGGUUCUAUCAUUAAAAUAAUUAAUUUUAAUAUAACUUAAAUAGUAACUUCAUUCAAUGUAAAUGAUAAUAAAGAUUUAAUAAUUGUAGGAUUUAGCGAUGGCUAAAUACUUUAAUACAACUUAAUAGACUAAGUAUAUUUUUUAUACGAUACUUCUUAAAAGGGUCCUUUUAACAUUUCAAUUAUAAAAAUUUAACUAAUUGAAAUAUCUGCUACUAAUUAAUUCGCUUAUGCUGCUUCAAAUGGAGGACUUCUUUUUUAAAUCGACACAUUGAAUAAAAAAGUUAUUUCAUAAAUAGACUUAAAAGUUUUAGUUACGGAAGAUCCUAACUUAAGUUUAUCAUAAUUCUUAAUUGAUCAGACUUAUAAAAGAUAUAUAUUUUGUUUUAAUAAGUAGAAAAAAGUAUAUGUCUAUAAUUACAAUAAUAAUUAAUAAGAACGGAACUUGCCUCUUCAUAAAAAAUACUCUACUUUAGGAAUAACCCAAAAUUACUUAUUUAUCAAGAGUAUCUAUUAAAUUAACUUCUAUAGACUUAGUGCUAAAAUUGAAUUUGUAGCAUUUAUCAAAAAAGAUUUUAUUUAAGAUAGUAUAAUAGAUUUCAAAUUAAUUGAAAACAAUAUUUUAGCACUAUUUUUAAUUGAUAGAUUUGAACUUUUUAUUGCUAAUGGAGACAAAUUCAAUAUGAUAGCUUAAAUUACCUCUUAGUAUCCUAGAAUGUUAAGCUCUUAACUUGAUUAUGAAAAAAAUACAUUCCAUAUUGUAGUCCUACAUAAAAGUGGAAUUUUUGAAAAUAGUUAUAAUUUAAAUAUUUACAAGUCAGAAACUAUAUCUGAAUGCUCUUUUUUUAUCUCAAGUUAAGAAUAAUAAAAUCUUAUAUUACAAUCAUCAUAAAUAACUCCAUAAUAAAAGGAGAUUCAAACAAUAAAUGGAGCUUCUUUAGUCGAUUAAGAAAAUCUGUUUAUCUACUUACACUUACAAUUACCAAGUGCUAAUAUAUAGAAUACAUUUCUAUAAAUUUCUCAAUUAAAAAAUACUCAAUAUGUUCUUGCACCCUAUGACAUCUAAAAUAAUUUUAUAGCUCUUUCAAAUGAUACUUUUUCAAAUUUGAGCUAAUAAAUCCUACAAUUUAGUAAUUUUUAAUUUAACUCAGCAUAAAAUGGAGGAGCUAUUCACUUUUCAGAGAUUCUAACAAAGAUAGAAUUUAAAGAAUCUAAAUUCUAACUAAAUAACGCAAAAAGCAGCGGAGGAGCUCUAUACUUUGAAAAUAUUAAAGAUUGUUUAGUCAUAUUUGAUAAAUUAACAAUAGUUAGAAACAAUAGAGCAUUGAUUGGAGGAGGAUUAAGGAUUGUUUAAGAUGAUCAAAGUACACUAACUUUACCUUAAAAUUUUCCAUUCUAUGAAAAUGUAUUUGAUAACCAGGCAGAAAUUUAUGGAGAUGAUAGUACAUCAUAUCUAUAAAAUAUUAUUAUUAAAAAUAACGAUAAAAUAAAUGAUGAACUAUUCACAUUUUACAAAUAUUAAAGUAGUGUCCCUAUAAAUUUUUAGAAUGAAUUUUCAAGAUAUGCUGAAUUAAGAUAAUUCAGAAGUGGAGGACUAAUUAACUUUAAAAUAUAUAUUGUAGAUGAGUAAAAUAGAUUACUAAGCUUCUAAAAAGAUAAACUAAUACUAGGCCUAUACCCAAAAGAUAUAGCUUAAGAGCUAAAUAAUAUUUAAAUUUCUAUUUUUUAGCUCAGUUAAAACGAAAGCUAAAUGUUUGGAUAAAAUAUUAUUAAUUACAAUGAAUAUGAUUCUUAAGAAUUCGCUUUUAAAAUUAACGAUUUAAAGAUUACUGGAAACCUAAAUAAAAUUCAAUUCUUUUAUAUAAAUUCAACUAUUCAAACAAACUCAAUUACUAAAAAACCAAUUCUCUUAUCAAUUGAAUUCAGAAACUGCAAAUUAGGGGAAAUCAUUUAAUAAAUAAAUACCAAUAUUUAUUAAUGCAACGAAUGUUUGGAAGGUACUUAUCAGAUAAACGAUCCACAAACACUGUAUAGAUAAUCUAUAGAAGAAAAGAAAGAUAUAAACCAAUGCAUAAACUGUCCUCAAUCUGCUAUUAGCUGCAAAGGAGAUAUGAUAUAAUUAAAAAAUGGUUUUUGGAGGCAAAGUAAUUAAACAGAUGAAAUAAUAGCAUGUGAUCCUAUUAUAAAUUCAUGUCAAGCAGAAAACCCUAAUAGUAUUAAUUACUGCAUAACUGGUUAUUUAGGACCUAUUUGCUAGUAAUGCGAUAUUUUAGGAGAAAUAUGGAAAGGUUCCCGAUAUUCAGAAUCUCUCAAGAGAGGAGUUUGUGGUAUUUGUGAAUCACAGUUUAAAUAAUGGGUUUUUAUGAUUUUAAAAUUCAUAAUUUUAGAAGCUUACUUCUUGUAUGUAUUGGGAGUUUUCAUCAAAAAGUUCAAAUAUACCCAAACAUGUUAUUAUUUGAGAAUGUUGAAGAUUAUGCCUAUUAGUAGCAGUAGCAUAUAGGACUAUUCUGGAUUCUACAUUAAAAUUAUUCUGAACUAUUAUUAAUUAUCUGCUCUUUUAAUUCCAUAACCAAAGAAUAUUUCAAUCAAUUUGAAUUUGUUUAAUGAAGUAAUUGGUUCAGGUGGUAUUCAAGUUUCUUUAGGAAUAGAUUGUCUUGUGAGUGAAUAAAAUAUUAGAAGUUUAGUGAGCCAGAUAUCAUAUUUUACUAAAUCUCUGACUUGUAAUUAAGUAGGAACAUAACUUUAUAACCCAAUAGAUCCUUCAUUUGAUUGCUAUGAUACAAAUGUAAUUAAAUAUUUAUACCCUUUCUCUGUUAUGGUGUUGAUUUUUUGGAGUCUCCUUCCUUUAGUAUUUCUUAAGCUGAUUAACUAAAAUAAGAAUAAAUUAGAUCAAUGCCUAAUUAAAUAUAAGUACGGUUAUUACUACGGAGAACUAAAGCCCAAAUAUUACUAUUGGGAAUUCGUUAGAAUCUAUUUAAAGAUUGUUAUUAUUUACCUGUACACUCUUUUAAAUAAUAAUAACUAGAUAGUUGCUAUCUUAACAAUUAGUGCUAAAACAUAAUUAGAAAAGCGUGAAAAAUAAUAAUUCAAGCAAAGAAAAACCAACCCUAAAAAAAAGGUUAUAAAAGAAGCUAAUAAUAAGAUUUACAAGUAAUUGAGCAUGGGCAUGGACAGCUCUCAGCAAGUACUCAUAAGAGAUUAAAUAUAAAAAGAAUUAAUUAAUUGA